UUAAAACUUCAGCUGUCAUCAUUCUGAUAUGUGUAGUGUUUAUAUCUCCUAGGUUAUGUCGCUGUAAUCUCACAGAGGAAAGCUGUACCGUUCUCAGCUCAAACUCCUCCAACCUUAAACUGCUGGACCUGAGGGACAAUAAAGUGAAGGAUUCAGGAGUCAAGCUGCUCUGUGCGGGACUGAAUAAUGAAAAAUGUAAACUGGAGGUACUCCGGCUGUGGGGUUGUAAUCUUACAGAAGAAAGCUGUAGAGUUCUGUCCUCCGUUCUCAGCUCAAACUUUUCCAGUCUGAAAAAACUGGACCUGAGUCACAAUAAACUGAAGGAUUCAGGAGUGAUGCUGCUCUCUACUGGCCUGAAGAGUCCACACUGUAAACUAGAGAAACUUGGGCUGAACAGGUGUAAACUGACAGAGGAAAGCUGUAGAGUUCUGUCCUCAGUUCUCUGCUCAUCUGGUCUCAAAGUGCUGGACCUGAGUCACAAUAAGGUGAAGGAUUCAGGAGUGAAGCUGUUUUGUGCUGGACUGGAAACUCCAGACUGUAAACUGGAGACACUGGGUAUGGUGUCAUGCGGUAUCACAGAGGAAGGAUUUCUUGCUCUGGAUUCUGCUCUGAGAUCAAACCAUUUAUCACACCUGAAAGAGCUGUACCUGGAUGGCAAUGAACCAGGAAGCUCAGGAGUGAAUCUGUGCUCUGAACAGGUGGAAACCGUAAACUGGAAAAAGCGUAAAUUCUGCCUUGAGGGGAGGAUCGAGUCUUAGAGUACAAACACACACACAUGAAGUAUGCAGGUUUCAGCUCGACAUCGAGCUGCAGCACAAGACUGAGGCAAGGAAGUGACAUCACUUCCUGUACACUGGUGCCUACAACAAACACCAGAAAAUCUCAUUCCAGGUUAAAUAUUGAUACAUGUUCACAAACAACAACAAAAAAAACUUUUGUACAUCAACGCACAUGCAGGAGAGAGGAAUCCUUCUGAUUACAUCUGCCAUUUUCACACAUAAACACAUAUGAAAAUGAGACUGCAUUACUGUAAGAACAUAUCAAACCUCUUAAACAACAUCUGUGUGUGCUAAAACUCAUGUCCUUUUCUACAGCAGUCAUUAGAGUGACUAUUUUUAUUUCAGGUAAAGAGAUUUCUUCCACAAUGUUCUCAUCUGGUUUGUAAGCAUGCUAAAGUUAUUAAACCUAUAGAUACAAGAAAAAAAAACCCUGCAAAAGUCACUAAACUGAACAAAAACAGUCCUUUUUGUAAUACAAACCAUUACAUAUUUCUUUCUAUCUGUUUUUCAGUAAUUUUCAGUAAUUUUUAACGACAGAAAACAGAAUGUAAUAUUAUAUGAGCAGUGUGUCUGUAUAGGACAAUUAAAACAUGCAAAUGCAUAAUGUGCAAUAAUUUUUGUGAUGCAGAAUGUGUUUGUUGAUGCAGAAUUUAUUUGCUGAUUGGGUGAUUGGGAGAAGCUGAGCACUGCCUCCUCAUCAUGUUUGGAGAAAGUCAGCUCAGAUCUACUGCCAUCUACUGGUUUAACUUUUGCAAUACACCAAUCAGAGUUUCACCAGUUUAUACAUAAGCUACAACUUUGCCAGUACUGUUACUUAACACUGGGAAAUCCUUAUAUAUAUUUGUAUUAUAUGUAAUAUAUGUAUUUUAGGAGAAUUUGUACUUUACCAUACUGUGUAUACUUGAACAUUGAUAUUUGUAUUCUUACUCCUAUACACAUAUAUUAACUCCUUACAUUUUUUAUUUAUUCAUUACACAUUUUAAACUACUAAUGUCAAAUAUAUUUUUCAUUUUCGCAUUUCUAUAUAUUUGAAAUAUUCAAAAAAAUUAUCCAGAGCUUUUACAUCCUUCCAUUGUUCCAGUGUCCGUUCAUACAUUAAAGCUACUG